AUGCAGCUCACCACAAGCAUCACCUUCGCCAUCGCCAUCGCUGGCGCCCUGCUGGCAGGCACAGCAACGUCCAUCCCAGUCCAUGACAACCAGCAAGCUCUCGCCGCCCACCCCGAGGUUACCAUCGUCGAGCCUGAAGUAUUGACCUCGACCCUCAGAGAUACGCUCGUUGCCAACAACAUCAUUGGGGACGUCCUCGACGACUUCGAACCGUCCUACUUCAUCGACAUCAACUAUCCCAAAUCCCACGAGAGGGUCCUGCUGGGCAAUGACAUCCCGGUGGACUCCGUCUCCAAGAGACCAGUGUUCAACUUCUACUCCGUCUUCUCUCCUUUCAUUGAAGCAAAGAAUUCAACCUUCACUCUGGCCUUGACCGACCCGGACGCAACAUCACGCGACAACCCCAAAAUGUCCGAAAUGUGCCACUGGAUCCUCACCAACCUGACGACACCGAUCCCAGAACCACCAGUUGAAAUGCUGAAAGCCAAACCAGGAGAGAUUGAAGAAUAUCUCCCUCCCAGUCCGCCUCCCAAGACAGGUCCCCACCGCUACGUGUUUGUCUUAUUGGAGGGAGACUCGGCGAAUCUCCAGGCUCCAGAGGAAAGACCACACUGGGGAUAUGGCAAGAAGCGCCAUGGUGUCAGAGAUUGGGCCGAUGAGAACGGCCUGACAGUCGUUGGAGCCAACUUUUUCUUCGCUCAGAACGAGGAGCAGUAA